AUGGUGGCCAAAUCGUCCAAACCUGCGAUCCUUCUUGUUCAGGGGUCGUUCCAGCUUCCGGAGGCUUACAGCAAGCUGGCAUCCGCCCUUCGCUCACAUGGGUUCUUCGUCGCUCAACCCAGUCUCCCUAGCAUAUCAUACCAUGACUCUCCUGAAUUUGAUAAGCGGGGCCUCGCCGAUGAUUCCAGCGCUAUUGAGUGA